AUGCUGUUGGCGGCAGGGGCCUUCCCCUUCGGCGUGGGCUGGCCCUUGAAGAUGACGAGGGGCGGCAGCUUGCUGCCGUCGGCGAACACCGUCAGGACCGAAGUGAUGCGCAUCUUCUCCUUGCCGCCGGUUUUGACGCCAACCUCCUUGUCGCCGAAAUGAUUUUUGUUCCCCGGGUUCUCCAUCCACGUAGGAGUCUCAUCCGUGUUGGCGAUCUGCGCCAAGGCGAACUUGGGACUCGGCCCCGACGGAACUCCAGCGCCACUCCCAUCCCCGCUGCCGCUCGCGCUGCCUCCCG